AUGCUCGCCUCAAUCGUGGAUGAUCAUGAGGAUUAUUGGAUGGAAGGAUGGCGAACAUCUACUCCCGGAAGGAAUGUGGCGCGCGUUGAACCGGUUACUACAAUGAACCCCGUUCCCCCUGCGGCACAUUGUGUCCUCUGCCUGGAACCCUUUGGUUUUAGUGACCAUGAAGAACUAUGCGCGAUUCAACCACCUGAUUUGGUCAGAGCUUUGGGAAAAUCACGAAUUGAAUUCUGCCAUUCCGAUUGUCUUCGAUGCUGGUUUUGUGCCACACAAUUCAGUUCCACGUCAUGCACGGACAGUGUGCCACGACGAUGCUGGAUUUCCGGAUUUACGGUAGCGUGUACUGAUUGUCGUCAAAGACUGACUCAUUGUGCUAAAUGUGCACGUCCCCUGAAACCGGACACUGCGGUGAGGAAGUUCGGUUCAACUUCGUUCCAUUUGGAAUGUGUAACCUGUCUGGUGUGUAACCGUCGCCUAUUUCAAGGUGACCGUUGCAUGCUUAUUCAGCCAGAUAUUUACGGUGGUUUGGCGAUGAUAUGCUUCGAGCAUGCAACCGAUCACGCACCCAAACCAGCUGUCCCGAUUGACAGACAGGACGAACGAUUACAACAACCGGAUGGGACUGGAAGUUUAUCUGGACCGCAUACAUCCAAACGACCACGUACUUUAUCUGGCGGAUCUGUCGAUUCUGGCCUAUCCACAUCAACUGGUACGGCAGGCACGAAUGAAACAGAGAGUCAUGGCAACAGCGCAUCAGAACACACAAGAUCCGAAGGAAGACAAAACGAGUCAGAGGCAGCUAAUUAUCCAGAAGUAAAGACCAAACCAACUUCGUCUUCCACGGAGGAUUGUCUCGCGAAAGCCUACACAGUUAGCACACAUCAUGUACAUGUUGGAUCAUCAAAAGAAGCGCAUUCCGAACACUCCACUGGUGAUCUACAGAAAAUUACAACCAGUUUCAGUGAGGCUGGGAGUCCGAUGAGCGAUAGGAACAUGGUGCUGACAACAACUGAAGUGCACAAAAUUCCACUCCGAAGACCGCGGACGUCGUUUCAUCCGUUACAGUUAAGCAUGCUACGCGCCUAUUUUAUUCGAGAUCCUCACCCACCUUCCAAUCAGCUGAACGAUUUAGCCGAACUUAUUCAGCUGGACCGAAAGCAAAUUCAGUCAAUACUUCCUAUUCACAAAUUCCCUGGAUUGUCCAAUCUGCAAAUGCAAACUAUACUUAAUGAAAUCGAGGCGGAUUAG